GACGCUGCGUGCGUGGCGCCAACGCCCAAGGGGGAGAACCGACCGAACCGGAGAAGGGAAAGGGGAUGGGUGACGCCGCCGCCUACGCGAAGCGGGUGCUGCUCACCUGCAACGGCGACGGCGACGCCGACGCCGUCUCGCGGGGGGUCGCCACCAGCCUCGCCAGGCACGGCUGCAGGCUGGUUCUGGUGGGUGGCGAGGGCGCCCUCGCCGCCACGGCGGAGGAGGCGCGGCGCUGUGCCGGCGGAGGAGAGGCGGCCGUCGCGGUGGUGGGGCUGGACUUCGAGGCCUGCGACGAGGCGGCGGCCGCCGCGGCGGUGGAGGCCGCGUGGCGCUGCUUCGGGGACGGCCUCGACGCCCUGGUGAACUGCUGCUCCUACGAGGGGGAAGUGCAAGAUUGCCUGAACAUAACUGAAAAUGACUACAAGAAGACCAUGAAAAUCAAUGUAACCACACCAUGGUUUCUCAUCAAGGCGAUCGCGAAGAGGUUCCGGGAAGCGCAAUCCGGUGGAUCUAUUGUGUGCUUAACACAGAUCAUCGGCGCCGAGAGAGGAUUGUACCCAGGCGCUGCGGCAUACGGCACAAGUUUAGGAGCUGUUCAUCAGAUGGUCAGAUUGUCAGCAAUGGAGCUGGGCAAGCACAAGAUCAGGGUGAACGCCAUCUGCCGUGGCCUGCACCUGCACGACAAGUUCCCGGUCUCUGUUGGGGAGGGGAAGGCCGAGAGAUCGACUGGGGAGGUGAUGCCGUUGCAGCGAUGGUUGGACCCGGAGAAGGAUCUGGCGUCAACAGUGUUGUACCUGAUCAGCAACGACUCCCGCUUCAUGACAGGCACCACCAUCUAUGUCGACGGUGCGCAGUCCAUCGUGCGGCCACGCAUGCGUUCCUUCAUGUAGGUUAUGCCGGCUAUUCAGCACUGGGGUUGGUUGGUCAUGUAUGGAUUUUACUUCUGAUAUAUGUUGUUCAUGGAAAGGAGCAUUGGUUUGUGCAAAGAGCAAGGGUUGGACAACCAGUCCGUGUGAUAAUUAACCUGUGUUUAAUUUGUGCAAAGAGCGAGUGUGUAAUCAGUUAAUUGAUCA